AAGGGCGUGGAAGGAGGUGGCGCCACCUGUCCGCCCACACCUGAGCCUGCGGAGGACCCAACGCGGCGCAAAAUCGGUUCCCACCACCCCCCUGCUCCCAGCGCGCACCUCUCACCACGUCGGAGGCUGCCCUUUGGAGAGUCUUCCUGUCCUUUGUCUUCACAGUCACCUCGAACUCGGUAAUUACAAGAAACUUAGAAAUAGCCAGGGCUUUGCCAUUUACUAGGCGCUUUAAAAUUUAUCAUCUAUUGUUUCCACAGCUUGAAGGCUGGGAGGAGAAUAGGAGCAGAGGUUAAAUUCAGGUCCUUGGGCUUACGGAGGUCAGAAAGGGUGGGGAACGUGAAUCCGGCGGUUCCCAGCGCCCGCACCCCAGUCGGCGCGGCUGGGUCCCCGGCGGGCGAGGGGCGGACGGGCGCUGCCCUGAGGCGGGCCCUGUGGCCCGACUCCCGCGCGGGGCGGAGCGGCCCCGCCCGUGGCUCCGCCUCCGCCCGGUCCUGGCACACCUGGCAGGCAGGUAGCUGGCGGCUGGGCGCGGUUCUGAGGCUGUAGGGGUCUGCGAGCGGCUCGGCCCGUCCGCCUAAGGGAAGCGCGGCGGCGGAAGCCAUGGACCCCGGCCUGGGGGCCCCUGCGGCAGCGGAGGGGCCGCUCGCGCCCCGGCCCCGCCGUCGCCGCCGCUCCCUGCGUCGCCUGUUCAGCCGCUUCCUGCUGGCGCUGGGCAGCCGCUCCCGCCCCGGGGACUCACCGCCCGGGCCGCAGCCCCAGCCCCAGCCGGGCCGCUGCGACGGCGACGGUGAGGGGGGCUUUGACUGCGCCUCGGGCCCGGCUUUAGAAGCGCCCGGGAGCCCCGGGGAGGAGAGCCCGCCGGGACACCAGCCCCAGCGCCCCGCCGGGGACGGCGCGCGGCCACCUGGCGCGCAGUGCCUAAAGAACCACGGCAACACCUGUUUCAUGAACGCCGUGGUGCAGUGUCUCAGCAACACCGACUUCCUGGCGGAGUUCCUGGCGCUGGGCCGCUACCGGGCGGCGCCGGGCCGUGCCGAGGUCACCGAGCAGCUGGCGGCGCCGGUGCGCGCGCUCUGGACCCGCUAAUACACGCCCCAACUUUCCGCGGAGUUCAACAAUGCUGUUUCCAGGUAUGGCUCUCAGUUCCAAGACCAUUCCCAGCACAACACCCUGGAGUUCCUGCUCUGGUUGCUGGAUCACGUGCAUGAGGACCUGGAGAGCUCCUGCCGAGGGCCAGCGCCCGAGAAGAUUCAGCCUGAAGCCAGUAAAACCUCUGAAAACCUCCCGUCACCAUCGGCUCAGCUUUCUCUAGGUCAGAGUUUUGUGCAAAGCCACUUUCAAGCCCAAUAUAGAUCUUCUUUGACCUGUCCACACUGCCUGAAACAGAGCAACACCUUCGACCUGUUCCCGUGCAUGUCACUGCCUAUCCCCUUGCGCCAGACAAGAUUCUUGAGCAUCACGUUGGUCUUCCUGUCUAAGAGCCAGCGGUUCCUGCGGGUUGGCCUGGCCGUGCCGAUCCUCAGCACAGUGGCAGCCCUGAGGAGGAUGGUUGCAGAAGAAGGCGGCUUCCCUGUGGAUGAGGUGAUCUUGGUUGAACUGUAUCCCAGUGGACUCCAGCGGUCUUUCUCUGAUGAAGAAGACCUUAAUACUGUUGCAGAGGGCAAUGAUGUGUAUGCCUUCCAAGCCCCUCCACCAUCUGGCCAGGAGAUGCUCUCAGCAUGUCCAGCUGGCCUGGCAGUGUCCCCGCGCUUUGCAGUCCUUGGUGAUCAGCAGUCAUGCCUGCCCGUCCGUAGUGAGAAUGCGGUGCUGAUCCUCUUCUGUAACUUAGUGGGGUCAGGGCAACAGGCCAGCAGGUUUGGGCCACCUUUCCUAAUAAAGGAAGACAGAGCCAUUUCCUGGGCUCAGCUCCAGCAGUGCAUUCUCAGCAAGGUCCGCUAUCUCACGAAGAGUGAGGCCCCAGUACAGAACCCAGGAUCUCUGUGCGCCAUCCGGGUUGUGGGGCUUUCUCUGGCCUGCAGCUACUUAUCCCCACAGGACAGCCAGCCCCUCUGUCACUGGGCAGUGGACAGGUUUUUGCAUCUCAGGAGGCCAGGAAGCCCCCCACACAUCAAACUGGCCGUGGAGUGGGAUAGCUGUGCCAAGGAGCGCCUGUUCGGGAGCCUGCAGGAGGAGCGGGUGCCAGAUGCAGACAGUGUGUGGAGGCAGCAGCAGGCUCAUCAGCAGCACAGCUGUACCCUGGACGAAUGUUUUCGGUCCUACACCAAAGAGGAGCAGCUGGCCCAGGGCGACGCCUGGAAGUGCCCGCACUGCAAAGCCCUCCAGCAGGGCAUGGUGCAGCUGAGCCUGUGGACGCUGCCGGACAUCCUCAUCAUCCACCUCAAGAGGUUCUGUCAAGUGGGCGAGAAGAGAAACAAGCUCUCCACGCUGGUGACGUUUCCACUCUCUGGCCUCAACAUGGCUCCCCACGUGGCCCAGAGAAGCGCUGGCCCCAGGCCUGGGCCAGGCCCCUGGCCUUCCUGGAAGCAGCCAGCCUGUGUGCCCACCAGCUACCUGCUGGACUUCCUGUACGACUUGUAUGCGGUCUGAAACCACCACGGCAGUCUGCAAGGUGGGCAUUACACAGCCUACUGCCGUAACUCUCUGGAUGGCCAGUGGUACAGUUUCGAUGAUAGCACAGUAGAGCCACUUCUAGAAGAUGAGGUCAGUACCUGAGGGGCUUACAUCCUGUUCUAUCAGAAGAGUAACAGCAUCCCUGCCUGGUCAGCCAGCAGCUCCAUGAGAGGUUCCACCAGCUCCUCCUUAUCUGACCACUGGCUGCUCCCCCUCGGGAGCAAUAACAGCAGCAUGCGGGGAAGCCUGUUGUCCUGGAGCUCUGCCCCCAGCCCCUCCUGGCCCCAGGUGCCUGACACCCCUGUCUUCACAAACAGCCUCUCCAGGCAGGAAAAGGGGAAGACAGCACUUAAACAAGCCAAUGAGUAUAAUGCCAUGACGUCCAGCCUGAUGACCGGAGGGGCUAAGCGAGGAGUACCCAGCCCUUGGCUCUUGGAGGAGCCAGAGGAGACCAGAGGCUUGGGUGUUGAUGGAAUCCGACAGCAGCAGCAGCAGAUCAUCCAAGGUACUGACGCCGGGGGUGUGGGCACGGAACCUGCCAGGUGUCUGCUGAGCCCCGAACGUUCCCUACGCCCACUGAAAAUCAGGGGAACUGUUGGUCUUCUAAAGCUCUCCACCACUCCGUGUCUUAGGAUGCUGGAGGCAUAG